AUGUCUCUGAAGCCCAAGGCCGGUAUUGAGGAUGUGGAUUUGAAGGCCAAGAAGGUCCUCAUCCGCGCCGACUUCAACGUCCCGAUCAAGAACGGCGAGAUCACGAACGACUUCCGCAUUCGCGCGGCCCUGCCGACGAUCCAGCAGGUGCUGAAGGCGGGCGGGAGCUGCAUCCUAAUGAGCCACCUGGGCCGCCCGAAGGGGGUCGCGAUGUCGGAUCCGAAGCCCGCGUCCGGUGUGCGGGGGUACGAGGAGUCGGCGUCGUUGAAGCCCGUCGCCGGGCGCCUCUCGGAGUUGCUGGGGAAGACGGUCGCCUUCGCGCCGGACUGCCUCGACGCGUCGAGCUACGUGGCAAAGCUGAAGCCGGGCGACGUGCUGCUGCUCGAGAACGUCCGUUUCUACUCCACGGAGGGCAGCAAGAAGGAGGGGGACCGCCUCGAAAUGGCGAAGGUGCUCGCCUCCUAUGGCGACAUCUACGUGAGCGACGCCUUCGGCACGGCCCACCGCGACAGCGCGACGAUGACAGGGAUUCCGAAGGUCCUCGGCGCGGGCUACGCCGGCUUCUUGAUGGAAAAGGAGGUGAACUACUUCUCGCAGGUGCUGAACAACCCCCCUCGUCCGCUCGUCGCGAUUGUCGGGGGUGCCAAGGUGAGCGACAAGAUCAUGCUCCUUGACAACAUGCUCACGCGGAUUGACUACCUCAUCAUUGGGGGCGCGAUGGCGUACACCUUCCUGAAGGCGCAAGGCCACGCGAUUGGGAUUUCGAUGUGCGAGGAGGACAAGCUCGAGCUGGCCCGCUCGCUGCUGAAGAAGGCGGCCGAGCGCAAGGUCGAGGUCUUCCUCCCGGUGGACCACCUGUGCCACACGGAGUUCAAACCGGUGGGGUCCCCACGGGUGACGCCCGGGGUGGACAUCCCAGACGGCUUCAUGGCGCUUGACAUCGGCCCCAAGACGAUCGAGACCUACGUCGCCGUCGUGCGGAAGUGCCGGAGUGCGAUCUGGAACGGGCCCAUGGGGGUGUUCGAGAUGCCGUGCUACUCCAAAGGGACCUUUGCGAUCGCGAAGGUGAUGGCGGAGGGGACGCAGAAGGCGGGGCUGCUCAGCAUCAUCGGCGGCGGCGACAGCGCGAGCGCGGCGGAGCUGAGCGGGGAGGCGCCGCGGAUGUCGCACGUCUCUACCGGCGGCGGCGCGUCGUUGGAGCUGCUGGAGGGGAAGACGCUCCCCGGGGUGGCGGUCCUCACCGAGAAGCGCGCGGCCCCGGCAGUGAAGGUUGCCGCGGAAUCCCCUGCUCCCGUUUCCACCCCUGCCCGUGCGGAGGGAGGGGAUAAGAAAUGCUGCUGUCCCUGCAGCGGACUGUCGAGGUACGCCCUGAUUUGCGUCCUCUUCCUGCUCGGUGUCGUCGUCGCCCGGCGGUUCUGCCGUCGUCUAUUGAAUUGA